UACCGGAGGACCCCAGGCCGGAGGCGAGGCUGAGGCGUCCUAGCAGAAGCGGUCCCUUUAAGGAGGCGGCGCCCGGGCGAGCUGCUCGCUGAUUGGCGGAGCGGAGCCUCGUGGCGGGGCGGCGGAGACCGAGGUGGCUGGGUGGGGUCCGGCCGGUGGGCGCAGCCUCUCCCGGGGAGCCGAGCGAGUUGACAGAUGAACGGGAGGCGCUCCCUGCUCGGCUUCACCUUUUGCACCUGCUACCUGGCUUCUCACCUCACGAACAAGUAUGUCCUGUCGGUCCUGAAAUUCACCUAUCCUACAUUAUUCCAAGGGUGGCAGACACUCAUCGGUGGACUUUUGCUUCAUAUGUCAUGGAAACUGGGUUGUGUGGAGAUCAACAGCAGUUUAAGAUCUAAUGUUUUGGCAUGGCUUCCUGCUUCAGUGCUGUCAGUGGGUAUAAUCUAUGCAGGGUCCAGAGCUUUGUCCAGACUGGCUGUUCCUGUGUUUUUCAUUUUGCAUAAUGUAGCUGAAGUUCUCAUCUGCGGGUUCCAGAAGUGUGUCUGGAAAGAGAAAACAUCGCCCACAAAGAUCUGUAGUGCCCUCUUCCUCAUGGCUGCUGCAGGGUGCCUUCCCUUCCAGGACGCACAGUUUGAUGCAGAUGGAUAUUCUUGGGCUGUAGUUCACUUAUUUUGUGUAGGGGCUUACAAAAUACUUCGGAAAUCCCAGAAGCCCAGCGUGUUAAGUGACAUUGACCAGCAGUACUUGAACUAUAUAUUCAGUGUGGCACUCCUGGCAGCGGCGUCUCAUCCCACAGGUGACCUCUUCAGUGCCGUGGACUUCCCAUUCCUGUCUUUCUACAGAUUCCACAGCAGCUUCUGUGCCAGCGGAGUUUUAGGAUUCUUUCUCAUGCUCAGCACAGUAAAGCUGAAAAGCAUUCUGGCCCCAGGGCAGUGCGCAGCCUGGAUUUUCUUUGCUAAGGUCAUCACAGCUGGCUUGUCACUCUUGCUGUUUGAUGUGGUCCUGACCAGUGCAACUGUGGGCUGCUUCCUGCUUGGUGGACUUGGCGAGGCCCUGCUGGUUUUCUCGGAGCGGAGAAGUUCCUGAUGGAGAUGCUCAAGGAAAGGAAACACUCGUCUGCUGCAGGAGAACACAGCACUCGGGCCUCCCUCUUAAGGGACAUAGAAAGAGCUCAUACAGUGCACCCAAGCUGCUCUCGGUGUUUGCUGAUGACUCAAACACCCCACUUUCUCAUUACUGAGGGGAGGAUUUCCCAGGGGCCUCUACACCACUGCAGAGAAAGGACCCAUCUUACAUCUUCUCAUGCAGGACCAUCUCCACUCCGCUGCACCCAGUUCUGCAGAAUCAGAGGCAGGGGAUGGACCACAGCCUCUGGAUGCCAAGACUUCCACCAAACACUGUUCUGUAUUUGAGGUUACAGUCCAUGGAGUCUUAUUGCAUUUUUUUUUUUUUGGUGGUGUUUUAUGUCUUUCCAUUUUGGAGUCUCUUCCACCCUUUGAUUUUUCUGGUUUACCCACAUGCCCACCCACAGAAAACAAGACAUGAAUGCUCCUUAGGGUCAUGUAGGGCAGGGCAGGGUUGGGGGCUGAGCAGGGUUCUGGACCAAGUGAGGUACCAAGAAAGAUCUUUAGACGGUGUUGUGAGUUGUGGUUGAUGUAGAUUUAUUUCCAGCUUCUAAAUUUCUUUUGGUUCUUGUGAAUUUGUCAGAAUGUGUUGAGUUCUGUAGAAUCUGUUAGGUUAGGUGACUAAAUCAAUUACCUGAAGACUUUUGAGUCCUAUGUGGCUCAGGUGGGUCACCAACGCCUUACCUGCUCUGUAUUCUGAGAGCUGAGACUACAAACAUGCAUUCCUAUUCGUAGGUUUUGUUCCUUAAAGUUUUUAAAAAUGUAAUUCCUUCAUAUCUCAGAUGAGAUCUCAAGGCAUUGACCAGUGGAUUUUAUCUCUCACACCAGAUUAAUGAUUGGAGUAAAGUCCCACACCUCACCACUGAGAAGAAGCUACUUUACAGAAAAUAGUCGCUUGACUCUGAAUCCACUAAGGCUUAAGAAAAUAAUGCUUCAAUCUAGAUAUUUCUUCUUACUGAUUUUACAAAUACUUUUUUAAAGGCUCAAUAAAAUGGUCAUUUAUUAGUUUACUACAAUGUUCUCAAACUUUAGUGUACAACAGAAUCAUCCAGAAGGUUCAUUAAAACUCACAUUGCUGACAUUG